AUGCCGUACCUGGAGAACUGCGGCGUCCGGGCCCGCUUCCAGCAGCGCCUCACCGAGCUCUACGAUUAUCCCAAAUACAGCUGCCCCUACAAACGAGGAAGCCGGUACUUCUACUUCCACAACAAAGGCCUCCAGAACCAGGACGUGCUGUACGUGCAGGACUCCCUGGAUGCUGCGGCCUCCGUCUUCUUUGACCCCAACACGCUGUCUGAAGACGGAACCGUGGCUCUGAAGAUGGGCCGGCUGUCCGAGGAAUGUGAAUACUUUGCCUACGGCCUGAGCAGCAGCGGGUCCGAUUGGUCACCCCUGCGCUUCCUGAAGGCCGACGGCCUCACGGAGCUGCCCGACGUUCUGGAACGGGUCAAAUUCAGCUGCCUGGCCUGGACCCAUGAUGCCAGGGGCGUCUUCUACAACUGCUAA